AUGGUUUCAUCACCUAAGUUUCAUCCCACUCUCACUAUAACCAAUGUCAAGUCCCUAAUCCCUAUCACAUUGGAUACAGAGCACGAUAUGUAUCAUUCUUGGGCGGCCUUGUUCAAGGUUCUUGUUAGGGUUCAUGAUUUGCAUCACCACAUUAUCCCUCCUACGGAGGAAGAGGAAAUCACCGCCUAUGCCGCAUCCAAAGCCGUCGACUCGGCCUUAUGGAAGCGUCUUCAUGCUGCGACGACACCGCUCAAAGGGCAUGGUCACGCCUCCGCUCAAAGGGCAUGGUCACACCUCGAAUCAGUGUUUCAGGACAACAAGGCUUCUCGGGCUACCCACCUUGAAGAAGAACUUGCGAACCUUGAUUUCGGCAAUUUCUCAUCAAUUGAUAGUUAUUGUAAUCACAUCAAAUCCUUGGUCGAUCGCCUUGUCGAUGUUGAUGCCCCUCUCUCCAACAGCAUAUUGGUUCUCAAACUCACGGCCGGGCUACCUGAGGCCUAUGCCGGAACGAUUGACAUCAUUCAAAACCAAGAACUGCUGCCCUCCUUUGAAAGUUGUCGAUCCCGUCUCAAGCUUGCGGAGCGGACCAUUAAUAAUCGCUUGGCGAAGGAAUGA